GACCCUACUAACAAAAAAACAGUAGCACACAAUGACUGUAUAGUCAGAAGCUUAAUAUUUCGAGAUCGCAAGGGGGAUCUUAUUUUUGUGGCAGACAACUACAAACCCUGUAAUUCGAAAUUGUGAUGAUACAAUUAACGUAAACAUCCUGUACAUCACAUCUGUUACACGUGACAUUGACCUCAUUUGAAAUGACACUACGUAUUUUAGAUUUUUACAAAUUCAGCACUUUUGUAUAUAAUAUCUGUGUGAGAUAAAAGUUAACCUCUAUACCAUGGUUUAUUCACAUCCCCUUCCACACGAUUGGCCAGGGUUAGGCAUUUGUUUUUUUCGCGUUGUAAUUUGCGCAAGGAAGCCGUUCAUAUAAAUCUAAUCAUAUUUAAGUAGGUGCGUCACGUUUCGACGUUCAGUCCGUUAAUUAAAUCCGCAUAUAACCCAUCAAAAUGUAUAAAUAACUUUUAAACGCGUCCAAAGUAAGAAUAUCCGUAACAACUCGGCAGUGGUGAAAAAAUUGAAAUAAGAGAAAUGAUUAAACAAUUGAGAAAUGUGUAUAGUGCAGUGAAUGGUUUAAAUCGAUCCGGGAAACGUUUCCUGGGUAAUCGCAUUCGCACCUACGAGGAAAUCAAGAUUCCGGUUCCUUGGGGUCACAUCGCCGGUAAAUGGUGGGGUCCUCAAAAUCAAAGGCCUAUUUUGGCUGUGCACGGCUGGCAGGAUAACAGCGGAUCAUUCGACCUGCUGAUUCCGCAACUGCCGCCGGAAGUGAGCGUUUUGGCCGUCGAUUUCCCCGGCCACGGACUAUCGACGCCGCUCCCGCCGGGCAUAUUUUACCAUUCCAUCGACAGCGUCAUCACCUUACGCCGCAUCGUCAAGUACUUCGAGUGGGAAAAGGUCUCCCUUUUAGGACACUCUCUCGGCGCCAUUCUUUGCUACGUCUACUCGACUAUGUAUUGUGAUACCGUAGACUUUCUAAUCUGCAUAGAGGGUCUGAAGCCCUUAGUUUUCGAGCAGAAUAAGCUGCAGCGUAUGAUACAAAAUGCGGAAAAUUUUUUACGGUACGACGAGAUCAUGGUGCAAAAUAAGGAGCCUCCCUGCUACACAUUCGACGAAAUGGAAAAGAUACUUCACGAGGCCUCCAAAAAGUCGAUAAACGUGGACAAGUGUAGGUAUAUUUUGGAAAGAAACGUGGCGCCAUCUACACGUGAACCAAACAAGUACCACUUUACCCGUGAUCUGCGAUUAAAAGUAGGCCCUUUGCUGGACAUGGCCCAAAAAGAUGUUGUAGCCGAUGCAUCUAACUGUACCUGCCCACUUAUCAUGUUUAAGUGCACCCGUACAUCGUACGUGGAAAAGAAGGAGCAAACAUUAGAGGUUAUUGAUGUACUUAAGAAAUGUAACCAUAAUAUGGAGAUGCACGCGGUCGAUGGAACUCAUCACGUACACCUUAAUAAUCCCGAACGCGUUUCUGGAUUAAUUUCUGGCUUCAUUAAAAAGUAUAAUAUUCACGAUCGAAGCAAAGGUGGCAUAAAAAAGGAAGUAAAGUUGAAGAAGGAAAAUCUUGUAGAUGUUUUAAGUUGACGUUGACUAUUUUUUGUUAAUUUAAAUUGCAUUUGUUUUUGUAGCCUGUUUAUAUAUAUUGCGUAAAUAUAUAAUAAACAAAAAAAAU